GCGGCGUGGCGCGGCGGGCUAGGCACCGCGUGCGCCGGCCCUGGCGCGCUGCGGCGGCCCUGCGCUGCGGUGCGGCGACACGCGCGGCGCCGGCGGUGCAUUGUGCGGCCGCGGCGCGCGCGCACACCACCUCCCGGCACAUCCCGGCCGCUCCUGGCUCUCCCGCGCGUUAUCAAUGACUGUCACCCUCCACUGCACUACACUUGGAUGUCACACAUGCUGCCCGAGGGCGGAGAAGUGAUGCGGCGCGUGCCGUGCGGCGACGUGUGUCCGGCGCCGCCACAACCGCUCUCCCAACACGCGCCCAACAGAACAUCAGAAAACAAGGAACUGCUGCGACAGCAACUGCUGUCUGCGAGCAAAGAGCGACUUGAAAGAGCUGAACAACCCAAACCAAAACAUCGAAACAGGCAGAAGAACCGAUGGAAGCUCAAGUUCCACCAUCAGGCGUUACCGCAGGAGUACCUAGACCACUACGAACAGAGCCUGCAGAAAGCAAACGCUAAACAGAAGCAAAAAAAACCAAAAACUGAACCAAAUUUUGAUGUGAACAAUAUCACUAAUGAAACUUUUAAGAUCUGGGCGCAGAGGCUAGCUGGCAUACAGAAUGAAACCGGAGCUCUGACUGUGCCUAAUUCAGUGCUCAAUAUGUCGACCAAAAACUUCAAAGUUGACGAUAAGAAGAAGAAAAACCCCGCCAUAGCGCCCAGCAAGAUUGUCACCUACGACGAUCUGCCGUACAUGGGCGAGAUGACGUUGAACAACUCCAAACCUAGGAGAGGCAGGAAGCCUAAGAAGGCUGACAUCUGCCACCUUAUUUAUGAAAAUUACGGCACAGUAGUGCCAGGACAGCCUCCGCCUCAAGAUAGGUUAAACUUGAUCUGUCCGCCAUUCAGAGAACCAGCUGUAAGCAGCCAAAGACUUGACUUGCAGAAUAAAAUAAUUUCUAGCUUAUUAGAGAAGAAAUUGUCGCAGGAGAAUAGGAAGAAGCUGGAAAGUCUGUCUCCUCCGAGGUUUAACAGUCCUGACGAGCCGAUGCCAGAGGCGCCGCUAACCAUUGCAGGACCUUUGCAUAGCGACGAUGAACCCUUGAAUCUCUGCAUUAGAGACCUUCAUGAUCUGAAGAUACAGAUUCAAAAGAAAUUCGGCAACAUUUAUACGUCACUGCCAGAGGUAAAGACUGAAGUAGACGCGGAGUGCAAUGAGCACGAGCCUUCAAAACCUGAGCAGCCUAAUGCUAUUUCUGUUAUUCAGAGGAACACUAACGUCGCACCACAAACGGCAAGCAGUUCCCCAGACCUUUCUAGGCAAAGGACGAAUGUUUCGCCAGCUUUGUCGGAGCCGGCGCAGUCCACCGCCAGUCCAGACGAGGAAGGCAAGUUCCCGGGAUAUGUGUACUGGCCCAAUGCAGGAAUAUACAUGCAUCCCUUAGCGCUACAGACACAGCUUCUAUAUUACCAAAGGCUAGCAGGACAGUUGCCGUUCGACGAGCAGAAUCCUCCAACACCAAAUAGUGUUAGUGAAGUGAGCGAUGCCUCUUUAGAUGAGGGCAAGAACAAAUUAGUGCUCAAGCAAAUUUCGGAGUUACUCGACCCGAAGGUCAUCAAACAAGUUGAAGAGGCGAAGCGGAGUCCAGAACAGAAGAUGAAGAGGGCAUCACCCAACCCGGUGCAGGGACCGGUCAAGAGGAAACGAUCGGCUAUUUUCAUCCCUCCAAUACCCACCAAAAGUAACUCUACAACGCCAACUACAGAAGUGAGUAUUUGUAAGUUCAAAUUCACCGGGGGAUCAAAGCCAUCACUUCAAGAAAAGAAGAUGCUCUCAGUGGAUUCUGGAGGAAAUUUUAGGUAUUAUAGUGGUACUGGAAAUAAGGGAAACAAGGGCUACGAUUACUUGCAACGGGACUCCAAUCAAGGGAGAAGUCAGGACGCAGGGGAAUCCUCAUCAACUUUACCCAAAGACAGCGCAGCGUUGAAAGAAGACUUGAGCAAAAAGAAGAGGAAAUCGAGAAAAAGUCUGCAAAGGGAAAAACUAGAACAGACUUUUAAAGAAAAGGGGUUUUUGAUCCAAACACAGCAGCUACAGUCUGCUGAAGGCGCAACUUAUUGUAAAUUUAGGCAGCUAAGGAAAUUUACCAGGUAUCUAUUCAGGAGUUGGAAGGACUACCUUCCCGGGGAGCUAGACGAGAGGCCGGCAGAGAGCAAUCCGCCGCCCAGCAGUGAGACCAGCACGGCGGGCGAGUGGGGGUGAGGAUAGCUUGUUGAAGCCAGGCCACAGACACUUGAGGGUGUAGUUAACCGAAACGAGAUUGUGUGCGUUUACAUCCGACAUUUUGUCGCAAUAUUGAUCGACAUGAAGUGCUAGCAUAUAUGGUGUCACCGCACACCUCAGAUAAUGUAGGAGACCAUAUAAAGAUAUCGAGCAAGGAGUCCAACAACUAGUGUACACAAAUUUCUCGUUUCGACUAAUGAAUUGAGUUAACUAAUUGAGUGAAAUAGUGAGUGAACUGAACUCUUAACUUAAGGUGCGGUCGAUCUGUUAUUUAUACGAAGCUAGUAGCGUAAGUGUUGAUAUUAAUUUGUUAAUGUGGAUAAAUGAGCCAUUUAUUUGGGAUCUAAUUUAGGAUUCAGUGCCAUAUUACAUAGGUACUCGUUUUAAACUGCCUCAGAACUUGUGGGCAAUGUCCACAUGCCACUUCUGGAGUGUAUAUGGGCGGGAGUGAUCACAAAGUGAUUUGCUCGAUUGCUUAAUUGUAUUUAAAAUUAUAAAUAUCCUUUUAAAUUGGAUUCCCAAACGGCUGAUAAUGCAUUUAUAAUAUUUAUGUUCUGAUUGCUCCGUCCAGACAGUAUAACAAUAUACCUCCGCUUUGAGCAGAUGAACGGUUGUACCGCGCUUAACGGCCUGAAGUUAGUCACUAGUUUGUUAGACUGGGAUAGGAAUGGGAAAUAACCUCACAAAAUUAACCAUUCUCUAGUAACGAUGCAAGUGUGACGCCAAUAACAUUUCACUUACGUAAAUGUUAAUUUAAAUUAACAUUUACGUAAUACUAAUUAAUAAUUUACAUUAUUCAAUACUUUCUGUAAGAUUGCUUCAUCUAAUUGACAAUAUUCGACAGCUGCAUAAGAAGGUACAGAUGUAAUGUCUCAGAACAAUGUCAAGCAUGUAAUGUAUUAUAUCUAUGAUCUUCGUACAUUUCAUGCCAAUCUAAAUCGUUCAUAACCGUAAGUUCAUUUUAAGUAGUGAGGCUUUUAAACUUAGAUUGACAGGAGAGAAUGGUGACUAACUUCACUUUACCAGGUUGUAAACUUCAGGCUAAAUAUUGGCGCGGAUUUUCUACUUAAAAACAAUGGUAUUAUAUUUGAAUUAUGUAUCGUUUUUUUGGUUUUAUAAUAAUUGUGACUGAAGUCCUUAUAUUUUAAUUCGCAGUCUGAAUUCUGUAUUUCAAUUUUGAAAGAAUAAAUAAACCGAUAAUAUGCACUGGGGGACAUAAUGGCUCAGAAUAAAUUCACUAUUACCAAUUAUUUAUCGUAUUAAAUAACGUGGAUAGAAAUACAGAAUCGAGACUGACUGCUAGUUAAAUAUUUUCGUAUUUUUAUACAAUUUGCAACUAGACUUAAGUGUAGUUAGCAUCAAAUAUUUGAAGUAACAAUCAGUAGUUUGUUUUGUAAAUCACACAGCAGACAGAUAGCGUAGAUAAGUAACUAUGUGCAUUAUACUGGAAUUUUGUGGUUAUUAUUAACCUUUUGUAGGAUUGUUUGCGGCAAAAUACUGGAAAAUACAUGAUAAUGAACAUGUUAUUUGAAUUUGGUCUCAUUUCCAGAAAAAUGGUUCGUUUUAUUGUAAUCUGAAAAUACUUAAAGCAAUAAUGACAAUUAACUGGCGAAAAGAGCGUGAAAUAAUUGACAUUUUGUAAACACACUUUAAACCUAGAAUGUGUACUCCGACUAAAAUCAGUAAAUUCGCAAACCACGCCCUUUGUUAGCAUUCAGUAUCUGAAUACAGUGGCGACGCUGUUUGUGAAUAUUGGGCAAAAAGUUAGGCAAACACUAGUCUACUUGAAAUGCAGUUGUAUAAAGCCUUUUGCAAACAUUAUUUUUGUUAUGUCAAUAUGGAACCAAAUUAUAAAUAUAAGUUAUAUACAAACAAUUUGUUGUGGCCAUAUUGAAAAAUUUUGCGAGUGUUCAUUUUUAAUGCUACUGAAUAUACACGACGAGCUUAUUGUACACGGUUGCAACUAUUUUUCAAUAUAUUUCUGUGUACUGUAAAUCUUAAACAUCAUAGGACCCAUACCAUGUCUUGACGGUCCUUCUUUUGGCGUAUUUGACAAAAUAUUCUAGUAUGUAAUCGAAAUAAAAUCAACAAAUCGUCAAUAAUGAAUUUGCUAAAAACGCAUAUUUCAUAUACGCCACUGAAGUACCGAAACUUUGAAUUACAGUCAUAUUCAUUAUAAAGUAUAACAUGCACUACAAAUUGUUAAUAAAUACUAUAAACUGUCUAUACCGUGACUGGAAACAUCUUUGAGUCUUCACACGAAUCCCUGUAAUAUUACUAACAAAACUAGUCAGUUGACACCUCUAACAGUAGUUUAAGUCAGGGAUGUGUUAUGGUUAGGUGCCUCUAGAGUAAGGUUUAAUCCAUUUUCACAAACUCUAGGUGACCCUAAAAGGUUGCUGAAUACUUUAUAAUUAAGAUACUUAAUAUGAUGUUAAUUCGGCGUCUAACCGUAACCAAGAGGUAAUCUAGUCAUUAAUGUUAAGUUAAUGUACAGUAGAAAUAAGAAUCAGUUUUCGUAUCAAUAAACUUUAUUAUACAAUUCCGUAAAUGAAAUGCAAACAGGAAUGUAAUUACCAAUUAAACAAUUUAACCAA